GCAGAACUUUUUUAGCCGUCGUGCCGUUCGUUUCGUUUCGUUCCCGUCCCGUGCAUGAGUGAGAGGCAAAAAGUGUGAAUCACAAUUGUGUGAGUUGUGUGCACUUUGUGGAUGCUCAGAAGUGCAUAAGAUUAUCAGUGCACAGUUCAGUUUCGCUUUGAAAGAUUAAUAUAAACUUUGGUUGCCGUCUGAAGCGUCGUUUGUUGUGAAAUUUGGAACGAGGGCGAAAUCCGUUAAUGUACAUCGCGGGUGAAAUGAGGAGACAGCAGCAGCAGCACUAGCAAGAGGAGGAAAUUCAUAAAUGAAAGCUUACUAAUUGCCGAAGAAUGACGGACUAAGCGAACGAAAACAAAGCAAACUUUUCGGCCACUAACAUCAGCAUCGUCGGCGGCAUAAGGGAAACCAUCAGAAUUGUGCCACCGCAGAGGAAGCGAUGCUGUUGAUGCCCACAUCGUGUGGGCCGGGGCCACCCGUGGGCCCCAAAGGCGCGGGAGCUGAUGGCGGGCCAGUGGCGGUUGCCCGACGAACAACGAUGAAGCCCACGCCGCUGGCGUCAGGCAUUCCCAAAUGGCUGCUAAUGCUACUGAUGCUCUUUGCCAUACUCGCGAGGACGCCGCACAGCCAGGUGUCGGCGGAGAAGAGCAAACACUAUUAUAUGCAGUCGCUGUGCAAAAAUCAUUUUCUGCAGCAGCUCUACAGAAAGAUCGACGGUGCCGUUCUCUGGUCACAGAAUGAGCGCAAUUUGGACUGCAUCAUCACGUUCCAGACGCACUCGGUGCUGCAGCGCUUCAUGCUGCGCUUCGACAUGCUCCAACUGGACUGCAACGACCACCUGCUGGUCUUCGACGGUGCCCAUGCCGUCUCCACGCCCAAGAUUGACAUCUCUUGCCGCAACACAAAGAACACCGUCAAUGCACUGCUGACGCGCACAAACUUUGUGACCCUGAAGUACGUGACCGAUGGCUGGGGCACAGAUGCGAACGGCUUCAAGCUGGUGAUUACAUCGGUCAAGGAUCCCAAGCACACCUGCAAGGACUUCACCUGCGCCACGCGCGAGUUCUGCAUACAUCCCGAUCUGCUGUGCGAUGGCGUCAAUCACUGUGGCGACAACUCGGAUGAAUCAGUGCAGAAUCUUUGUCAGAGCGAGGCUAGCAGCACUGUUUUUGGCAUGGACAUGACCUGGUUCGUUCUCAUCGUUGUCGGCGUUCUGCUCGUUCUGAGCGCGCUUAUCGUGGCCGUGGCCAUCUGCGUGUGUCGGCGACAGGAUGAGAAUGCCUCCAACCAGAACACAGCACUUCAGCUGCAUCAUAAUGCCGACACAAAUGGCUCGUCGAAACAUCUGCAUUAUCAUGGCAUUAGUGUCGGCGGCACGCUGACGCGGGAGCACACACAGCUGCCACAACAGUCGGGAAACUGGCAUCACCCUGCGGGACCAUCCGGGUACCACCGCAUUCCACACAACUACUUGAAGAUGGCCACCAAAGUCCGUCCCAUUUGGUGCUUGGCAAAUUCCGUCAAUUAGGUCAAGAUCUCUCACAAAACUCUGCCGGCCUCAGCCAGACGAACAUUGCCGGCUCCGGCAAUCAUCAGAAUGCCAAUGCCGCCAAUGCUGCCCAAAAAGACGAAUGGUUCGUCUAGGUGUGGCACGAGGACACUGUGAAGAAAUGGAACCAAUUGACUUGAGCACAAUAAUCUGUACUUGAAUAAGUAAAAUUAUGGAUAUUUGCAGAGCAUUAAAUGAAGACUGUAUGACUAUAUUUAACAACAAAUAUUAUGUGGACAUCACCGCGCAGGGUGUAUUAUUAAGAGAUCUCUUCGCGUACCCAAGCAGAAUCUCGAAAGCGUUGGGCAGUUGGUCAGAGUAACUCUCUCUCUCUCUCUGAUCCAUACUGUCGGAUAACCAAUGCAAUUGUACAUAAUUUAUAAAUACAAUAUAUCAUUUAAUGGAUUAAUAUUACAAGCUGGCUAACAAAACAAAACAGAACACAAAACAGAACAAAACAGAACAGAACAGAACCUCCCCCCCAAUUAUAAUCCCUAAAGAGUAAAAUGAAUAACUAGGGAAGUCCUCGGUCUUAAUUUGUUGGCAUUUAUUUACUAGAAUAAUUACGAGGUGUACGGAUAGACAACCAAUUAGACUUCAAUUAUUGCUCCUUUGAUUAUUGUCUUUGUUGGCAUUGCUGCGGGUUUGCUGCGUUUAAUGUACAAAGCAGAUAACAAAAUAAAGUUCUUCAAUUUAUCGUUCGAGUCAGUCAGUCAGUAGUGGAACAGUUAGUCAACAAACAUUUGAAAGAUGGACAACAAUCGUAAGCAUUUAACCAAACCGUAAGAAGUAUUAAAGAUCAACGAAAACACUGUCAUUAGCAUACAACUUCCGCAUAAUGAGAGAUCCCAAAAUAUUUAUGGGAUUCUUUUUUACAACAAAGAAAAAUUAAGCUGAAUUCUUAAUGCAAAAAUGGACACAAGAAGGACUCAACCAAAACAAGGGAUGUACAUAAGUAGUCGACAAUAUACAUACAAAACAUACAAAACAUAAAAAGCAAAAGCAGAAAGUGAACUUUGAAUGUUGCUUACUGAUCAAAACUCAUUUCCCACUUCCAUUUGUCCGCUUGGGAAGGAGACGACUCACGAAUCAUCCAAAAACAAACAAACAAACCAACCAAUGCUAAUGGAUAUAUUCUCUGAGACAUUAAGGACAAUACAGUGAAGACUUUUGCUUUUGAUACAACUAAAUUGAGAACACAAUCGAUGGACGCAUUUGGGGAGUGCAUUUGCAAUCGAAUUAUUGUCCGAAUUGAAUAACAAUUUUCUACAAUCAACCAGAGGAAUUCUACACUAAAUUAAACCAAAUGAAACGUAACAAAACAUUAAAGAAAAAACAGAAAGUACAUAAACCGAAGACAGAAGGGAGUUGAACAUUUUGCUACAAAAUCGAAUGAUAACGAUCAUAUACUUAUACAUAUUGACGAUGAGAAUAAAGCUCGAGUAAAAACCAAAAA